GGAUGCAUCCUCUAGGCAACGACGCAUCAACUGUGCGUCUUGAGCCAAGUCAUAAUUCGGAGCCAUUUGGGGUCAAGACGCUGGCUGACGUGCGAUGCAGUGUCUCAGCCACUUAAUGUAGAAAGCAGCCUCGUACCGAACACGCUACCAAACAAUUUGCUGCAUCUUUCGCGCGGGCGGCAUGGGCGCGGACUUCGUCGGCGUCAACUGCCGCUUCCGCACCUUAUGCUUGCUGGGUGUCCUCGCCUCGCCCGCAGCAACUUUCGACACCGGCGACGUCCAUGUUCACGCAUGGCCCGAUCGAGACGUCGCUGGGCUGGCGCACCCCGCCCCCUGCGGGACCCCCACCUGCGAGCUGGCCGCGGGCGUCGCGGCCGAGGUCCGCGACCUCGUCGUCCUGGCGCGGCAGCUGCAGCUCGCCGCCGGCAGCAGCUCGCAGCCCUUUGCCGAGCAGCUGCUGGCCAUCGCCGCGCGCAUCGCGGCCAGGCUCGACCAGAGCCGCGGCGCGCCGGCCGCGCGGGUGGUGCCCGGCGGAGGCACCGUCUACGGGCGCGCCUCCCCGCAGGACGCGGGCAACGCCACGCGCGCUCGGGCGCUCGAGCUCCGCGGGGGCCCCGGCCGGGCAGAGCCGGGAGGGACGCUGCCAGGAGUGCCCGCGCCGCAGAUCCCAGGAGAGGUGGUGCCUCCAGCGCCCGUGAUGCAGGCAGGCGCACUCCCGUCAGGAUGGGGAAUCUCAGAUCCGAGAGGGGGCAGCAACCACUCCGUCAGCUGGGACCGCCCGAUCGAUCCCGAGAAGGAAGGGUACGCCAUCUACGCACUGGCGGUCUUGUUCGUGGGCAUCAUCGCCUUUGCGCCCGUUUUCCCACACCUGAAUCCUGGCGCGCCUCCCCCAACCAAGGCGCACUACUGCGAGUGCUUUUGCUUGUUCGUGUGGCUCUUCAGCGGCCUUUACCUGUUCACACAUGAGAUCCUCUUCCAGUCGCCGCACUUCGAGAUGCCCCGCACCCUGCGCCUGGAGGAGUCCGUGUACCUGAUCUCCCAGAUCGUGACGACCGUUGGCUACGGCGACGUCACGCCGGCACAGAUCUCUGGGCAGCUGGUCAUCGGCUUCUACUGCUUCGUGUCCACAAUUCUGGUCACGCAGAUUCUCAGCGACCUGGUGAACAGCUUCGAGAACGUGGUGGAGACGCGCCUGUCGCGCACUUUGUCGUCGCCGCGCACCCUGGACGACGCGGCAGCGGCGGCGGGCCACCGCCAGAGGCUGUGGGCCGCCUUCCUGCCCGUCGUCCAGAGCGGCACGGUGUACCUGUGCUUCGUGAUCCUGGGGCUGGUGUUCUUCUGCCUGUACCCCGGCGAGGGCAAGACGUUUGGGCAGGCGGUCUACAUGUCGACGAUCACGCUCUCCACCGUCGGCUUCGGCGCGUUCACGCCCGUGACGCGCACGGGCAUGGUCUUUGCGGCGUACUGGAUGCUGUUCGGCGUGGGUUCGCUCGGAGCAUUGGUUUCUGCACGAGUGGCGUUCUCCUCGUCAUUGGUUCGCUACGAGAGGGAGAUGGACUCCGAAGAACCGACAGGCCAGCAAGAACUCACAUUGGAGCAGUUCGAGAGCAAGAUCGCGAAGACAUGAGCCACGUCGCCAUCAAUGCGACGUGCAGGAGACGUGCAAGUGCAACGACUUGUGUACGGAACGGUGGCGUCACAAGACAUCUUGUCCGAUCUCUGGUGGCCAUCUUCACUCUGUGAGCCGUCACCGCCAUUACCAUCGUCACCUCCACACGACAUACCUCUGGCAAUGUCGUCAUCGUCAGCAUCAUCAUGACUGCGAAUGUGCGGUGCAGAGUCGGGGGGAAGGAGGCAGUCGAGUGUGCACCGCCCACGGGAGGCAGGGCCCCUCCCGUGUCUCGAGCCGGCCCGAGGAGAGGGGGCCGUGCAGCGCCUGGCUCGUGAAUAGAGGCGUGGCCCCGAACUCUCGGCGUGGGCCCGAGGGUGG